AUGUCUACGCAAGUAUCGGAAGCAAAGAUGAUGGUGGAGAAUUUGAGAGUGACAGAGCUCCGCUUUCUCCUCUCGGCCAUGGGCAGGAGCAAAGGUGGGCGAAAGACCGAGUUGAUUCUACGAAUCACGGAUCUUCUCCACAACGACUGCCGACCGGAUUUACUCUCCAACAUCCGCGAGCUGUACAGACUCCGCUGCAGAGACUCGCGCUCUUACAACAGACGCUCGCAGUUACUCCACAACGACAAAGAACCCUUCCUAGACCCUGAGAGCAUGCUCACACCACCCACAGACUGCAUUGACAGACUGAGUCAACCGCAUGCCGUGCCUGCGGCCGAGGUUCAAAUGAUGAAGCUUCCUUUUUACCACAACCUGGACACCAUCUUACCCCCUACACCAUUAGAGGCCAAAAACGGUGACCUUUUGCAGGUUCAUCGGUUUGCGCUCCGGCUCACGAAAAAGCAACUGGAGAUGCUGAGGGCCCCUCAAAAAUCUUGGCAGGGUUUACAGGGGACCCAGAUGGUGCUCAGAAUUUGUUACACUGAAAGUAUUGGCAUAGAAGAGGAUCAGUAUCCUGCGAACUUCUCUCUCUCUGUCAACUUUUCACACUGCCCGAUAAAGCUGAAAUACCCCUGUAAUAAAUCAGGGGUGGAGCCUCGACGUCCCUGUGAACCAAUCAACAUCACGCCUUUGGUGCGCAUGGGCUCUCAUCUGUCCAAUGAAAUUGAAUUGACUUGGGGUAAUUUUGGCAAGCACUAUUCAGUAGCAGUCUACCUGGUGGGGGUCUUCACUGCGGCCGAGCUCCUGAAGGAGCUACAGCGCACCUCGGUGGAGAACGUGGAGCACUGCAGGCGACGGAUCUCUGAAAAACUUUGCUGUGACUCAGAGAAUGAAAUUGCCACGACGAAGCUGCAAGUGUCCCUCAUCUGUCCACUGGGGAAGAUGCGUCUGUCGGUCCCCUGUCGAGCUGUGACGUGUGCCCAUUUGCAGUGCUUUGAUGCGGUCUUCUACCUGCAGAUGAACGAGAUGAAACCCACUUGGACUUGCCCCGUGUGUCAUAAGCCUGCUCCAUUUGACCAGCUCAGGAUUGAUGGGUUACUGAGUGAGGUCCUCCAGAGUUCUGAGAAAGCGGUGGAGGAGAUAGAGUACCUGGCCAACGGCUCCUGGAGGUCUGUGACGCACGUGAGAGAGAGAGAACCCAGUCGAGCACCUGACAGCUCCCAGCAGAAUCGCAACAAGACCAGCCCAGCAAAGCUUGUCACAGGGGCUGUUGGGAUGCAGCGUGAUGAUGUCGUGGAUCUAACCCAGGGUUCUUCUGAUGAAGAGGACGAACUGACCGAUGAAACAGUCACCACACAGCUGAGAGACUCCUUAGAGGACCCUCAAUGCCACCACAGACGCAGGACUGAUAAAGGAGAGAGGAUGAGGUUAAGGUACUGCAAAUCUCGCGGUAUUUCGCGAAUCCUCUCAUCGCAAGCCAGCCGCUUCCUGGACCGUAACCUGCCAUGGGCCAAAAGGGCCAAACUUAGCCGCACCCCCUUCAACCUUAUCCUGGGACAUUCCGUUCACGGUAACUACCCCGGCCAGCAACCGGGGUUUAACAUCUGA